GGAAGGUGGAGAGAAGCCGGUCCUGCUCUCAGGAGAGAAAGGAGGGUUACAGUAAGGACAUGGUGACAGACUUUGAUGAGAAACAUGAUGAGUAUUUAAUAUUGCUUCAGCAGAGAAACCGGAUACUAAAGCAUUUGAAAGCCAAGGACCCUGUGCAGCUAAGGCUGGAACACUUGGAGCAAGGUUUCUCUGUCUAUGUCAAUGGGGCCAAUUCGGAGCUGAAGACAUCCCCACGGAAAGCUGUGCACACAGAUUUCUCCAGAAGUGCCUCACAGGCUGAGGGGUCCCAAGAUUAUGGACGAAGAACCCUAUUCCGAGAAGCUGAAGAAGUCUUGAGAUGCAGCUCCAGGACAACACCAGGAAAAGUCCAGCGCCGAGGAUGGCACCAGAAAUCUGUGCAGAUCAGAACUGAAGCUGGCUCUCGUCUCCACAUUGAACCUCCUCUGGAUUGUUCAGAAGAUUUUGACUCACAAGAGGAUGUGAUUGGCAAGCACAAGGAUGCCACUGUGGACCACACACAGGAGCUAAGAAAAGAUCUGGGACUCAGCACAAGCCUCCAGACACAAGGGGACAGCUCCAGUGACGAGUACGACUCUAUUGAGGAGGACGUCCUCUCUGAGACGGAGACUGAGGACCCUGUACUGCCAGUCCAUGACAGAGAUGAGUGUCCCCUUCCCAGCCAUGAUGCAGUGCUGAAGGAUGUCCCCAAGGACCAGGAACUGGAAAGCCGGCAUCCCCAGGCCACAGACACCCUUGUGGUGAUGGAGUUUAACCCAGCUUCUAAAAGUAAUAAAAUGGACCGAAUUUUAUCUGCUAAGCGAAAGGAGAAUGCUGAGGUCUUCAUCCCCAGCAAACCAGAGUCAGUCCUGAAUCCACAGCCCCCAAUUGUGUUCCAAGACCAGGAGAGAGCCUGUUCUAGAUCUGGAAGCCGGAGAGAUAGACCCUUGUCAGCAACCCGCAAAGCAUAUGCAGCCGAGGACCGAGAGGAAGAUGCCUCGGCUGUACUGAAAGCCAUCCAGGUGGAGAAUGCAGCUCUACAACAGGUGUUCCUCAGCCAAGAUCCUGAGCUACGUACCAGUCCACAGCAGGAUGCCAAGGAACCACCAGCAAAAUCAUGGCCCAGUCUGCUGAAGGCCAAGGAGGACAUCUCUGAGCUGCUUGCUGUCACUCCAGUGACCACCAAUCCUGAGCUGUGCAGGGCAGCAGAGGGAGCCAAAGCUGUCAGCCAAGCCAUGGACAGAAUGAGCCCUUUGGGAAGCAGACAACAGCAUAAACUUCUGGGAAUCUUGCAGACUGUGGAAAGUGACACUACCCAUCUCAGCCAGGUGGCUAUACCAACAGAGAAGCCAGUACCAGAUUCAGAGGAAAAGUGGAAAGCAAGAGUAGAUGAGAUUGAAGACGCCAUCUAUGUGACUAUGGAAAUCCUGUCUAACUGGGGCAAUGCAUCAUGGGUAGGUCUCACGGAAGUCCAGUUCUUUGACCUGAACAACAUAAAGCUUUAUGUCUCACCUCAUGAUGUGGACAUCCGGAAUGCAGUGUUGCCAGGCGAGCUGGGCUGCCUUGUCAACAGGGACUUAAUGGAUCUUGACAUUGGUGCUAAGAACGUGAAACUCUAUGUCAACAAAAGCCUCAUCUUUGAUGGUGUGUUAGAGAAAGGAGGAGGUGAAACCCCCUUUGAUUGUACCAUCCCUGUUGACCUUCAGAGAGAGAGGAACGAGAGCCCAGAAAAGCCCUUGAGCACUGGCUGGAAAGAAAGCAAAGGUGCCCUCAAGAUGGCCGCCAUGAGUGAGGACGGGGUGCUUGGGCUUAGUUGCUCACGGCCAGCAGACGCCUUGGGUCUGACAGCUUCCUCGCAAGGAGAUUUCCUUGGUGAAAAGAUGACUUCUACAUAUUGCCCAAAGAACAGUUUGUCCAAAUUACAGGAAGAUAUAAGACUGUUGGCAACUCCCGCCUCUAUGGGUGAUGGGCCCAGUGUCCCAUCUUCCUCCUCUCCUGGGAAAUGUCUUCCUCUAGAAGAGGAGUCCUCUUUGAUCCAACAGCUGGAAAACCUCAGAGGUAGGAAAAUCCCUGAACCCACUGGGAAAACCCCACACUGGUUACAGCCUUCUCUAGCAGGGAUGGGAAAGAAACAGACAGUCAGGAAACCCAAACCCCUGUGGCUCAGUCCUGAAAAAGAUCUGGAACAGAAGACCAGGCUUCCAUCUGAUGAUGUCAUUGGUGAUGCUCCUGGAGAGGUGGAGGCCAAGGAAAAAGGCCCUCGGCGUGAGCAAGGGAGGACUAGCAGCUGGAAUGUCAUCACUGAAGAGAGACCCCCCAAGGCAUCCUCCAAAGCCUGUUGCAAUGACUUAGACAUCUUUAGCCAGCCUCCUAACAGGGAUCGCCCUGCUAGUGGGAGGAGGGCCCUAAAGAAGGAUGCCAGCAGUAGCCAUGGUGAUGACCGGCCAGCCAGCAAAGAGGCCACCCAGGUCACCCAGACACUGCCAUGGUUGCAGUGGUAUGGUGAGCAGGAACAUGCACUGCAUGCAUCAUGGGACUCCCUCACUGCCUUCGACCGUGCCCACCGGGGCCGAAUCUCUGCCCUGGAGCCACAAGGGGACAUCCUAGAUGAAUUCCUGAAGCAACAGAGGAGCAGCCGGCAUGAGGACUCCCCAGCCCCCUGCAGAGACGAGGAGCUAGUGCCCUCCACAGAGACAGAUGGCGACAGCGACUUUAAAAUCCCCGUCCUCCCUUAUGGACAGCACUUGGUCAUUGACAUCAAGUCUACAUGGGGAGACAGACACUAUGUUGGCCUUAACGGCAUAGAAAUAUUCAGCUCCUCAGGGGAACCAGUACAGAUUUCCAGCAUUACAGCAGACCCCCCUGACAUCAAUAUUUUACCAGCUUAUGGGAAAGACCCACGUGUAGUUUCCAACCUCAUUGAUGGGGUGAACAGGACCCAGGAUGACAUGCACGUCUGGCUAGCCCCCUUCACACCAGGCAUGACCCACACCAUCUCCAUUGAGUUCACACACCCUUGCCAAGUUGCCCUGAUUAGGAUUUGGAAUUAUAAUAAGUCUCGAAUCCACUCCUUCCGAGGUGUGAAGGACAUCACGAUGCUGUUGGAUACUCAGUGCAUCUUUGAAGGAGAAAUUGCCAAAGCCUCAGGAACCCUGAUGGGAGCCCCCGAGCACUUUGGAGACACUAUUCUAUUCACCAUGGAUGAGGACAUCCUGGAGGCCAUAUUCUGUUUGGAUGAUACUUUUGACAUGGAUGCUGAGAGCUUGUGUGGCCUUCAGCCUGAAGAGGCGCUAAGGAGGCCCAGCACUGCCGACGGUGAAGGUCAGGAUGAAAGGCCUUUCACACAGGCUGGCUUGGGUGCCCAGGACCAGGUACCAGGGCUAGAGCUACAAACCAGCUCCCCUGUCUCUGAAGUCACCACACCUGAGCCAGGCAUCUUCUAUGGGCUAUGCCUCCGACUAAACUUGACAGCCUCCUGGGGAGACCUGCACUACAUAGGACUCACUGGCCUGGAAGUAGUAGGCAAGGAUGGCGAGGCCCUGCCCAUCCAACCACACCAACUCUCUGCCUCUCCGAGGGACUUAAAUGACCUGCCUGAGUACAAUGAUGACUCACGGACCCUGGACAAGUUAAUUGAUGGCAUGAACAUCACCACGGAGGAUGAACACAUGUGGUUGAUCCCCUUUUCCCCUGGGUUGGACCAUGUGGUUGUGAUCCACUUUGACAGAGCCCAAAGCAUUGCUGGCCUGCGCCUCUGGAACUACAAUAAAUCUCCUGAGGACACCUACCGAGGGGUCAAAAUCAUUCAUGUGUCCCUGGAUGGCCUGUGUGUGUCUCCUGCAGAAGGCUUUCUCAUCCGAAAGGGGCCUGGCAACUGUCACUUUGAUUUUGCACAAGAAAUCCUCUUCGGAGACUACCUACAGACCCGGCUACCGCCGGCACCCACCAGGAGGCUAGAUGCAAAGAGCCUGGAGCGAGCCAGUAUGGACUACGAGGCCCCACUCAUGCCCUGUGGCUUCAUUUUCCAGUUCCAGCUGCUGUCCAGCUGGGGCGAUCCCUACUACAUUGGCCUCACUGGGCUGGAACUGUAUGAUGAGCAUGGGGAGAGGAUCCCAUUGUCCCAGAACAAUAUUGCUGCCUUCCCGGACAGUGUGAAUGCACUAGAGGGUGUAUGUGGGGAUGUGAGAACCCCUGACAAGCUUAUCGACCAAGUCAAUGACACCAGUGAUGGCAGGCACAUGUGGUUGGCCCCCAUCCUGCCUGGCCUGGUGAACCGAGUGUAUGUCAUUUUUGAUCUGCCCACCACUGUGUCAAUGAUCAAACUGUGGAAUUACACGAAAACGCCUCAACGAGGGGUGAAGGAGUUUGGCCUGCUGGUGGAUGACUUACUCGUGUACAAUGGCAUUCUCGCCAUGGUGAGCCACCUGGUUGGGGGCAUCCUGCCCACAUGUGAGCCUACUGUGCCCCACCACACCAUCCUUUUUGCUGAGGACACUGACUUCUGUCACCAGGAAAAACACACCAUCUUCAGUAAGCCAGAGGAAGACCAGGACAUACAAAUGAUGAAUGAAAACCAGGUCAUCACUACCUCGAGGAGGAAGCCAGGCACUGCUGACCCAGCCUUACGCCCCAAAACCUGCAUACGUGAGAAGGAGACCUCAAGGCGUUGGCGGUGCUGACUGGAGCAGGAGGGAGAGCCUCUUCGCCUGGCUAGGCUCUAUCACCAGCCCUGAGCAGCACCCACGUCCCUCAGACUUCAGGGUUGGCCAGCUGGGACCCCAAGGGCUGGAAGAGCAUGGAGGGACAAGGGACUUGAAUCACAGCCCCGGGAGCUAUAGGUGUCAGAUGAAAGGGUCAAGAACAGGAUAGCUGCUUCCUGCCACACGGGGCUGCCUGCUUGGAGCCAGGGACACUUGGGUCCUCUCUGUGCCUCGCCUGUGAGGUCCAUAAGAGCAGAGCCUCUGGCACCAGAGUCCUAGGCAGCCCCUGACCCAGGCCCAGAACUCAGUACCAUGACCAUGGAACCCACGCCCCUCCAACACAGCCCUCCUCACUAAGGGCAACAGAGCUGCUGAGAGGCCACUGUGCUACAGCUCCUCCUGUAUCCAGUGCCUCUGGAAGCCUGAUGGGGCUAGUCCUAGGUAGCCCCUGCCCUCUGUCCAAACCUGAUUCAGGAUGGGUCAAGGAUGUGUCCUGCCAAGGAGAGGAAGUGAGGUGCAGUGAGUGCUGAAACCUGCCCUUAGCCCCUACAUCACACACACACACACACACACACACACACACACACACACACUCUCCUACCUGCAAGUCAGAGCUAGGAGGGCCUAGGCUCAGGCUGCCUCUUCUCCCUGCAGCCUAGAGCCCCAUAACUCUGUGUACGUCUAUGGAACAAGUGCAGAUCAGGGACCUAAUCAGCCUCUCAGUAGUGGUAAUUUCUGGUUCCAAAUAUUAAUUUGUUAUUUUCCUGGCUCGGGGCCCAGUGGGGCAGUGCCAUGGUGCCGAACUCAGCACGUUUAAUACUACCAAGAACCACAAACACUUUUAAGCAGCAACACCCAGCAGCUGUACAGAUGUUUUAAUUCGGAGCCAGCUGACAUGCAGAUAGGAUUGCUUCUUUGAUGAGAAUCCAUCAUCUCUGUAGCCUCCAGGGUCCCCACCCCCACCCUGGGCUCCUCAGCUCACUCCCAGAUGAGCUGCACACUUCCCAGGAGAGCCGUCAAACCAACUCCCAGGAGGAAGCCGGGACCACUGCUUUAACAGGAAUCCAGCUUCUACUCCUGGGGGUGGGCUCAGGUGGAUUUUUCUGGAACACACAAGACUGACCUUGGUGUGCUCCCUCCAGAUACUUGGUGGGUGUUUAUAAGUGUAUAUUCCAUGCACUCUCAGAGGGAAGGCAUUGGCACAAGCAUUAACUCUCAAACAAAUGUCUAUUUUUUCUUACAAAAUCAAUAAAAGAUGUUAUUAAGAA